GUGAUCACUCCGGAAGCUGAUAACACCCGGGAACAAAAAGCCGACAAGUGGACAAGCAAACCAGUAGGAGAUCUAAAACUACGCUUGCAAAGAUGGGGACCUUGAUCUAUUGGUUCACACUCUUGUCCCUUUUAGAUACAUCAAACGCAGCGGCUGGGCCUAACUGCUGCAAAUGUACGAAGGUUCAGAAAGACUUAGGGUGGUGAAAGGUAGAGGCUCCAUAUGCGUCUCUCAAGAGGGAGGGGGAGACGAAGUAGGGGAAUCUGAAUGCGAGGAUACUUGGUCUCCUGUAGGAAAGGACGGCUACUGGAGAUGUUGGAGUGACUCAUCUGAUGUGUAUAAAAAUUGUGGUUGCGUAUGGCAACUCUUCAACUACAAUUUCCGAUGUUCCAUCCGGGGUAAGCAUACAUUUAAUUGGAAAAAUUGCUCAGUGCCCCUACGAAAAGGAUCCAAAAGGGGCACAUUAACUUUGGAUUUGAUAUAUUCCCGCUCCAGUAUCCCCCAUGAGUCCUGCGGCCUAUGGUGGAUUUGUGGGCAAUGGGCAUAUAGGCAACUUCCCUCCAAUUGGACUGGGACUUGUUAUUUAGGAACUCUGAUUCCCGGGGUUUGGUUAAAACAACCUACAGCCACAGGUAUUAAAACAAUACCUCCCAGUACCCACCGCGCAAAACGGAGCGCUGAUAAUUCCUUUGAGGCUAUAGCCAAAGGCGGGAACCAAAAAUGGGGUGACGAGGAAUGGCCAGCAGAAAGGAUUAUUCAGUACUAUGGUCCUGCGACCUGGGAACCAAACGUAGUUGGUAGGGAACCUAUGUAUUUAACCAACCGCUUUGUUAGACUCCAAGCCGUCGUAGAGAUAGUUACCAAUAAAACAGCCGCAGCCCUACGCUUGAUCGGUGACCAGCUCACUCAGCUACGUACCACGGUACUACAAAACCGGUUAGCUCUUGACUAUCUACUGGCCAGUGAAGGAGGAGUGUGCAAAAAGUUGAAUUUGUCCGACUGUUGUGUUGAAAUAGACGAUAAUGGGGAGUUAAUAAAAGCUUUAGCAGAUGAUAUGGAAAAGGUGGCACACGUUCCAGUCCAAAAAUGGAACGGGUGGAGGAUGGAUUGGUUUUCAAACUGGUUACCCCAGCUUGGAUGGGUGAGGGGGGGUAUAGCAUGUUUUCUACUACUAAUAUCGGGGUGUGCUCUGCUUCCUUGCAUAUUACCCUGCAUGUAUUCCAUUGUAAAACAAACUGCUAAGAAUGUCGCCCAUCAUGAAAUGUUUGUGCGUUAUCAGGCGCUAGCUCUCGCUGAGGAUUAUCAAAAUCUGUAGAGAUAGAAAGCAUCUUUGAGGGGGGAAAUUGUAGGAAAAAUACAUUAGAUUUUAGAUCUAAGGCUUGAAGUUAAACAUGAUGCUUUAUUUUUGCAAUAUGCUUCUGUAUUCAACAUGGCUUGGGCUUGUUAACAGUUUCUGCAUAUAGGUUAAGAACAACUUCACAUAGAGUUUCACCCCCGCACACACCUGUUCAAUGACCUAGAAUUACACAAAGAUAAAAGAGUUACAAAAGGUCAUUGAGCUCACCACAACUUCCCCUAACACGCAUGCGCCUUCAUCUAUCCCAUAAUAAGUCAGGUCUGACUUAAAAGGCCCUGACAUCCUGUGGAAACUUAAACGUAAUGGUAAAAGUGUGAAACUGCCUAUAGUUGUAAGACACGUCACAGUUCUUUGUUUAGGUAAGCUAUAAACGACCCUCAGACAAAGACUGAGGGUCGACACCGCUUUGGGUUACUCAACCCCUCUGUCGACCGAUUGCGCAAUCAAUA